AAGAGGUUUCGGAUUCCAAAAAAUUAUUUACUUUUUAUGAAAUUAAUAUUUUAUGUCUGAAGAACUAAGUAAAGAGUGUCGCUUAAAGGAUUCUUCAUUUCUUUUAAGACUAGCAACUAACAUGUAUUAUAGAGAAAAAGGAAGAACCUCAAAAUCACGGUGCUGAGACUUGACAGCGGACAUGCAAGUCUAAUGGUAAGAGGUAAUAGUUGUAUUAAUUUAGACAGGCAUCGUAAAAGUUGAUUGAUAUUUGGUUAACAGUGGUAAAAUUGCUCCAGUUUUUUACUGUUACAUAUUAUGCAUUAUAAAGAGGAGUUCUCUUUUUAAUUGAUAUUUGAUUAAUUAAAAGUGGCGAAGUUGUUUUUGUUUUCUGUUUCUUUUUUUCUUUUCUUAUAAUUCAGUGGGCAUAUAUAGCAAUAGCAGCCUUAGACUUCACUAGUUACAUAGCUAUUUUUCAUUAUUAUAUGCUCCGCAUCUACCUAACCAUAUAGAAUAUGAAUUUACUUUGUUUGCAUAUUGCAGCUGCAAGACCAUGAUCAUGAACUCUAUUGCAGAUAUAAAUACCCUAAACGAGCGUCCAUAAUUUCACAAUAGAUUUCUACAUAUAAUCGUUUGUAUAUAUUUCUGUUUGUUUUCUCGUCACUGGGUAUCUACGUAGUUGAAGAAAAAAGAGAAUGGAAGGGAAAAAGGCCAUCGGUUGGGCAGCCAGAGAUUCAUCUGGACAUCUUUCACCUUAUUCAUUCAACCUUAGGAAAACAGGUGCAGAAGAUGUAGUGUUGAAGGUUUUAUUCUCUGGAGUGGACCAUACUGAUCUUCAUCAAGUAAGAGGAGAGAUUGGCUACACUAACUAUCCUUUAGUACCGGGGCAUGAAGUGGUGGGAGAAGUUGUGGAACUGGGUCAAGAAGUAAGGAAAUUCGAAGUUGGAGACAUAGUAGGAAUUGGUUGCAUAAUUUGGUCUUGUGGGGAAUGCCCAUCCUGCAAGUCUAAAAUGGAGCAGUAUUGUGAUAAAAGGAUCCCAACUUACAAUGCUAUAGACAGAGAUGGAAGCAUUACACAAGGAGGUUACUCUUCUGCUAUGGUUGUAGAUCAAAGGUUUGUGGUUAGGAUACCAGACAAGCUUGCACCGGAGCAGGCUGCCCCACUAUUAUGUGCUGGGGUGACAGCUUAUAGUCCCUUGAAAGAGUUCAACAAGUCUAACAAGGCUCUCGGAGCAGGAAUUAUGGGUUUAGGUGGAGUUGGUCAUCUGGCUGUGCUUAUUGCAAAGGCAAUGGGGCAUCAUGUGACUGUGAUAAGCUCUUCAGAAAGGAAAAGAGAGGAAGCUUUGGAGCAUCUACGUGCCGAUGCCUUUCUUGUUAGCUCUUCUGCAGCUGAGAUGAAGAAUGCUGCAAACAGCCUUGACUACAUUCUCGACACCGUGCCUGCUAUGCACUCUUUGAACUCCUAUCUUUCACUUCUUAAGGUUGACGGGAAGAUUAUUAUAGUAGGGGCUGCUCCUGAACCACUGCAAUUCACUGCUAGUGACUUAAUUCUAGGGAAGAAAAACAUAAGUGGGAGCUUCGUCGGAAGCAUAGAAGAUACAGAGGAAAUCCUGGAGUUCUGGGCAGAGAAGGGUUUGACAUCAAUGAUUGAGACAGUGAAGAUGGAUUAUGUGAACAAGGCAUUUGAAAGAAUGGAAAGGAAUGAUGUGAGGUACAGGUUUGUACUCGAUGUUGCUGGCAGCUAUCCUGAAUGAAGCGGACCCAUCCUACUCUCAGCAGCAUCCCAAUUUUACAAAAUAAGCUUGAUAUCAAUAACUGCCUACUUUUCUUUUUUUUCCUAAAAAAGAAGAAUUUGAACAUUGCCUCGUAACUAAGCCAAUGACAUCAGAUUAGAAGGUAGAACACAACUUGGGAAGGCGCAAACCUAUGUUGCCGGGCAGGAGGAACUAGUGUUUGCAAUGGCCAACCGAUCAACAGCCAGAAUCCUGAUUCUCAAUGUAUCAUUUUUCUGCAUACUGCAAAAUAAUGCAUGUUUCUCUUCCUUUCUUCUCC